UCAAAAUCCGCCUUCUUCUCCUGCCAUUUGACAUUUAUGUCUAUUAUAUCACUUUGACAUUUAAUCAAAAUGUCUCAAAUUCCUGUGAAAGCAGAGACUUGUAUGGGUUUUUUAUCGAUUAUAUAAUUUUCGGGAUUUUGUGCGUGGAAAAAUUACCAGAUAUUUGUUAUAAACAAACGGUGAAAUGACAAAAGUUUGUCGUUUGUGCCUCUCGAGGCUCCAGAGAGGCUCGAAAUAUUUCAACAUCAAUGCAGUAGAAAGUUUCACUGGGUUCAUGCCCUACAGAGAUCAAUUGACUACUUGCAUACCUGAAAUGGCUCUUGAUCUAAUACCGAAUCCAGUUAUUUGCAACAACUGUAGGAAUUCUCUAAAAUCCUCAUGCGACUUCAAAUCCAGAUGUCUUCUGGUCGAAAAAAAAAUCAGGCAGUACGUCGAAAGUCAGCCAUGUGAAACUACAUUUAAUUUGGCAGAAAUCGAUACAUCCAGUUUACCCAAAAGCGUAAAGUUUGAAGAAACAGUCCACAAGGAAACUGUAAGACCAAUUUUACCAAAGCGCGAAAGCUUCAAUAAGGCUGAAACGAAUUCUUCGAUUCUGUCUAAUCUGUUGACUGUCUGCAGAGAAGAGGUGAUUUUGCCGAAUCCUUCUGAAAUUGAAAUUACUAAUGUGCAUUUUGGUUCUUCACCGCCUACUUCAAAAGGUAAAAAAUCAGCCAUCAAACAAGAACAAUCCAUUUCCUAUACUCCAAUAGAAAAGGACGAACACGGCCUGUUCUCCUGCAACCACUGUAGUAGAAAAUUCACCAACGUACCGGCCUUACACAGCCACAAAACCAAAGUCCACGAAGAAGAUUAUCUGUGCAACUUUUGCAAUAUCCCGUUCAAAACGUUGCAAAAUUUGCGAAAGCACAAUCAGCUAUGUCAAAAAGCCAGAGGCUCGCCAGGGACUCCGCCAUCAUCACAAUCGUCACAGACUGUUUUAACCAAACGACCGCAUUUGCCGACAAAAGCCAAGAACCAUUUGAAAAGGUGGUUGUUCAACCACACAGACCAUCCGUAUCCUACAGAUGUGGAGAAGCAACAGUUGAUGAAGGAAACCAAUUUGUCGUUGUUGCAAGUGGAAAAUUGGUUUAUUAAUGCUAGAAGGAGAAUUUUGGCUGACUUGACAAGACUGAAAAAUAUGAGAGGGGGUUUGUUUAGGGGUAGGAGAUCUGGAAGAGGUAGAGGACGUGGAAAAAUAUACAUAAAUACUUCUCUUGAAGAUGACAUGUUUGAACCGGUAUUUGAAAAUGAUCAAGAGGAAACGAUGACCGCAUCAAGGCUAUUGAGAGACUUGAACGAAACUGAUGCAAGCUGUAUGAAUCCCUUGGAGGAUUCAGCUGAAGGAGAAAAUGAAUCCUAUGAAAUUGAAAAUAAUGAAGCUGAUGAUUCAGAAGACCUUGAAAGUAUUAUUCCUCAGUAUAAUAUUAUAGCAAAUGUGGAAAAUAUUGAGGAUCAAGAUGAAGAAGUGGAGGAAGAAGAAGAUCCUUUAGGGGACAAUAAUUCUCUGAGCGAUCUCACUUCGCAUAUCAAAAUGGAAAUUGAUAUAGAUGAACGAUAAUAGGCGCAGCUAGCUAGAACAUUUAAUUUUAGUUGCAAUAUUUUGAGAAGAUUUGGGAACUAAUUGUAUACGUCAAUGAUACUGUAGACUUUUAAAAUUUGGAUUUUCAUAUAAGUACAUAUUUUAUGCGGUUUUCUCUGGAGGUUUAGUUUACUAUUGGUCUCACAGUAAACUGUAAAUGUAAUUAUUAGGUAAUGUCAUUUUUAUUAGAUAUAAAAAAAAAAAACGUUUUUUUUUUAUGAUUUGAAUUUACACUAGAGACAUUUGAUGUAAUACUAGUUAUUUUAGACUAAACCAUGAAAAGAUAAUUAAAAUUUUAUUUGGUGAGCUUGUACCGAGUUUUGUAAAUGUUUAUGUACAAACACUUGUCUUAUUAGUUAAACAUUUGAGUUGAAAAUGUGGCUCGUUCAAGAUGUUUUAUUGGUAAUGUUAGAAUGCGGCUAAAGAAUAUAAAGUUAAAGAUUCAGGGGUUUUUCACAAUUUUUUUUAAAAUAGGCUAAAAAAGAAGAUUCUAGCAGAGGGCUGUUUUCUAUAUUUAUUUUAACGAUAGAAAAAAUAGUACAUUUUAUAGAAAUAAUUUGUUAGAAAGCCCAUUACAAUGAGAGACACGUUUGACCCAAAAUUUCUAAAAAGACGGUUAGUUAUUAGGAAGAUAAGUCUGUAAAUAAUUAUUCAUACAAUAUACUGUUAGGUUUUGUUUAUAAAGCUUUACUUAUUAUUUAUUGUCGUUAAGAAAUCAAAUCUGUUGUGUACCUUUUAAGUUAUGGUGGAUGUUGGUAAGGCACUACAAGGAGCCUAUUAGUUAAGUAUUUUUUGAAUAAUUUUUUUAUUUCUACUUACUUCACACUUGUAUAUUUUUAUAUGAAAAUAAAUUUCGUUUUUAUUAUUUUUAUUUAUUUCAUACUGUCCGGUAUUUGUGUCAUUAAUUUCUGUCCUGAAAAUAGCGUAUUACAUCACUAGUCUGGUGAAGUAACAUUAACAUUGCUGUGAAAUUACAGAGGUUUUCAAAAAUAAUGUUCUAUUCUAAAUAUUUAACAAAAAAUCCAUAUAACAGUAUAAAAUAAGUAUAAAUAACAGAAUGGAAUAAAAUAUUGUAUAAUACACCGUCAAGUUAUUAUCAAAGUACUUCUUAGGAAAUUCUAAACUCGGCUUAUGGCCUUGUCAAUAAGCAUCUUAACUUUUACUUUAAUAAGUCACUUCCAAGACUUGUAAUGUAAAUUACUUUUGUAAAAAGUAAUAAUUAUAACAAACUUUUAAGCACC